AUGAGUUCCGGUGGCCAUAAGAUCGGCUGUGGUGCAGGCAGAGCUGCCCCCUCCGCCGCUUCUUCCAUGACCUCAAGUAAUCCCUCAAUCUUGCUUGAUAAGUUGAAUGGUCGACGCUCAACUCCCGACUCGGAAGCAUUGGCCAGCUCCGAUGAUGAAGCCGUUGGACAUGAUCAAGCUCAGCCAAUUAUUCCCCCUCAAAAGCCAACUCGAAGAUCCUCUUGGCUCAAUGACACAACGCAACCUGGUCCUCAACCCCGGAAAGGUUCAUUUGCAAGCAGUUCGAUGUCACCUACAGCCUCGUACCCUAACACACCAUCUUCGGAGGCCCCUUCGUGGGCGACGCAUGUCCAGGCAGGUAAUGGAGUAGGCCGAGGACACCCCGGCUCAACAUCAUUUCCAUGGGGAAGUGGCAUUUGGAACAGCGAGUCGCGCAAAGAACCUCCUUCAAGACUGACUGAGGUUCUUCCGUCGCCAACAUCGUUGGUUUCUCCUGGUUCCGCCGGAAACGGCUACUUCCAUAGUGACUACAGCAACCAGGCAUCUAAUACAACCAUUCCGUUUGCCAUUCCCCUUCAUCCAACACCCAAGACCUAUCGAUCACAGUCGUAUUCCGUAGGACAGCUUGAUCCUGAUUCUCCAGCAUCCACGACCUCCUCAACUGCUGGUCCAGUGUUCGCCGGCGGUCGGGGAAGACCUGUCCCGCAUUCAGGGCUACAACACCGGCCAUCACGCCCAAGUAUGCUGAGUGAGAUGUCGAGUGAGGGGGGCUUAGGCAAGUUGAAGGAGGUCGAUGAUGAUGACGAUGAGAGCACCAAUGGGUCCAAUCAUGGGGUUGUGUUACAGUCCAACGAAGCCAAGACUAUCGAGAUGCUAGCCAGAGAAAAUGCGAUAUUACGGCAGCAGAACAUGAAUAACUCUCGCCUGCGGCCCCGCUCCUCCACGACUAGCGCUUUUGGCUUGGGAGGUACAUAUGGAAUGCAGGGAGCUCUGCCAGAGGAGUCGGACUACGCCAUUGAUGAGCUUGACGAGAUCAAUGAGCUCCAGGAAAUUACUUCGAAAGGGUUGUCAGGUCGGAGGAUGAGUGAGUACGGAGCAGCCGGCCAACCUAAACUGUCCUCAUACGGUUCUCUCGAAAACCGCAAAUUGGAAAACGUCAAGAGGGCCAAUUGGCAGAGUUCCCUUGGUUUUGGCGGCUUGGCCGACAUACCACAAAGCAGACGUCAUUCCUUCGCGGAUGUGCCAACUCGACAAGGAUCUGUCAGCUCUGUUGGUGAACCUCUGUCGGCGCACGAGAGCAGCCUGCAAGAACAAUUAUCACCAAAAGACUAUCCAGUCAGGUAUCAAGAAGGCGGUGGCUAUUCCCUGAAUGAACACGCCGCUUCCUACUUUGGUGGCAUCGCCACUGUCCAGCGAAAUCCCGAACCAUAUGGCUCAGCCAAUUAUCAGCCUUCAGCUUAUCCAUACGGCGCUCCUCAGUAUGGUGCUGGCCGAGCACCAUCCCCUCACCGAAGCAUGUAUGGAGUUCCUCAACCUCGCCAUAAUCAGCUUCUUUACAUCGUGUUAUUCAAAUGCUCUCGCGCAGACGUCUUCUAUGUUCAGGAAGGGACUGGACUCUCGGUCAAACCUGGAGACCUGGUUAUUGUCGAAGCCGACCGUGGAACAGACUUGGGAACCGUAGCUCGAGAUCAAGUUGACUGGGCUUCAGCGAAGGAGCUCAAGGAACACUACGCCGAGGAGCACUAUAAAUGGUUAAUGAUGUAUUCUCAAGGUGCUGCAGGAACCCAAGAUGGUACUGGUGCUGGUUUAAUGGCCGCUUCGAAUGGUCUGCAGGGGAGCGCUGUCGGCGGAAUGGGACCUCCAAGUCAGCACGGCAUGCAAGAGCCGAAUCCCGGCGAGAUCAAGCCCAAAAUUAUCAAACGCCUUGCUCAGAAUCACGAGAUACAGGCACUUCGUGAUAAGGAAGGCAAUGAGGCGAAAGCGAAGCGCGUUUGUAUGCAGAAGGUGAAGGAACAUGGUCUCCACAUGGAGAUUCUAGAUGCGGAAUUCCAGAUGGAUUGGAAGAAGCUUACAUUCUACUACUUUGCAGAUGCAUACAUCAACUUCAACUCCCUGGUGACAGACCUUUUCAAGGUCUACAAGACCAGAAUUUGGAUGUCUGCCAUUAACCCAGCAUCCUUCGCCAGUCCAUCACUUGGUCUCCAAGCUCCUAGUGGCAUUGGCCCGGGUGCAGUUGGUGUCAGCCGAACUGCACAGAGCGAACGACGUCCACCACAACCUGAGCAGCCUGCGUAUGCCGCACCACAGGCUGGGCGUGGGUACCAAGGAGUCUUCGCACAGCCCUUUACUCCUAAUGCUGAUCGUGGAACCAUGCCACCAACGGCAUUCCAGCCAUCUGGUUAUACCUAUGGAUACUCUCCAUUCACUGCCACACCUCGAAACGCUGGUGUGAGCCCAGGGUACGUUCCUGCAGAUUCAUUCGGAGCAUUUGCAGCACAAUCCGACUACCAAAGCGUACCGGGGAGAUUUCCUUCUCCACACGCGACUUCAACUCAUGAUGGAACGGAGUAUGGCCGUAACGGACUUUCUACACCAAACGAAGCCUGGAUCAACAACUUUCAGGGAUUGUCUAUGACCCGUUAA